AACGAAACCCGGCCGGGGCGCCCUGGCCGGUUUGGGAACCCUUGAGCGACCCGACCCGACCCGACCCGACCGAGGGAAGCCGGCAGCCUCCGGCCCGCGAGCCCACGUCGGCGCAGCAGCCAGCCCGGGGCUGCCCCAGAAAGGCUGAUGGUGUCGUGUUAAGCUCCUGCACGACUGGGCAAACAGCGGGGAGCGGGACUCAGAUGUCUGCGGAGGACAAAGAAUGUGUUGACUUUGCCAGACUGAAGCGGCGAAGGCUUGGUUUCGCCGACCUGGGAGAUGUUUCGGAUUCUCUCCCACCAUUCCCGGGUACAGAGUCUCAGCAGGAGAGGGGCUGGUGCGAGUGGGCUGUCAGGUAACGGGCAGUGCAGGGCUGCAGCCUGGUGGGAAAUGCCUGUGCACACCGUAAGCGCCGCAGGAAAGCAACUUGGGAGAUUGGUGGUGUCUUCACAGAGGAAACCAGCCAGCCUUGGCGAUCGUUAAUGAGACCAGAAAUAGCCCCACCUGCGCCUUCUCAGCCUGUUGAGCGUUACUUCAGCAGGUCAGGGGUUUGCCGCGGGACUGUUGCCGCCCCCCAGGCCCGCUUAGGUCUGUGGGAGGACCCCGCCUCUCACACUAGAUCAGGCCGCAGCAAGGCCUCCGCAUGGGCUUGGAUUUCGGCAGGUCCGUCCCCCUGGGCCUCUCACAGUGCCCCGUGCCAGAGCAGACUGCCACCCCGAACCAUUGCCUGGUCUCUGCCCGUGGGCCGUGUGCACUGAAGCGGGUUGUACAGUGAAAGAGAAAGCUGCUUGGCGAAAGUCAAGUAGGACAAAAGCAAUACUUUGAAGGAAACUGUCCUGCCCCAGCGUCACCGACCAAGAAGGCUAAGGACAGUGGCGCCUGUUGUCACAGGCUUGCUUUUGCUUAUUCAUAACUCAUUUGUGCUGGCGCUUUGUGCGCCAAAAAAUGACUUCCGCGUGGCUAUUAUCACUCAUAGCGAAGCAAACAUUGGCGUUGGGGCAGUGGGGGCAGUUGGGGUUCCCAGAAUUGCCAAUUCGCAGGCUGAACUGCCACAGUGCUGGUCUCUGGUCAGACGCAGCAGCCACCGCAGCCGCCUCUGGAUGACGAUGCGUUAUGCUAAUUCGACAGUUUGGGGUUUUUUGUUAAUGUGCAGAAUGAAAACUGACUCAUGGGAGUUUCAGGAAACUGGAGUGCUCUCGGAGGUCCCUAGUCAUUCUCUUGACCUGCUGGUCUAUGAAAGACUUGAGUGAAAUUAGGAAACAGCAAGAUGCUUCCGGCAACUUUGAGUAAUUAUGCUGCUGUUUUACACCUGCUGGGUGAAGCUCCCAAUAGUGAACUGACCAUUGUAAAAUUUCUUCCAUGUCAGUGAACUAAAUGGCAGAAAGCUUCUGAAAUUUGCAUUCUGCAUUUUUUUUUAAGCACAAAUACUUGAAAUGUUCACUUUGAGAUAUGUGACACUCUAGGGAGGUCUGGUGUGCUGCUUGAGAAACGUGUGUGCCCUGCGGAGGCUUGUGCGUGCCCACUCAGUGCCUGGCCUCUCGCUGCAGUGUGUUCUGAACUUGACAGCAACCUGUGUGUUUCUCAGGUCUUUUCCACCGCGGCCCCGGGGCACCUCCAUUAUAGGACGCGGAAGGCCUGGGGGAGCGCCCCUGUGAGGCUGGCGUGACACAGAUUCCGGAUCUCAGUUUUUCCAUAGGAACAGCCAGAAACCAUGAACAGCUUUAGCGAUGAAGAGUUUGACUGCCAUUUCCUCGAUGAAGGCUUUACUGCCAAGGACAUUCUGGACCAAAAAAUUAAUGAAGUUUCUUCUUCCGACGAUAAGGAUGCCUUCUACGUCGCCGACCUGGGGGAUGUUCUGAAGAAGCAUCUGAGGUGGUUAAAAACUCUUCCUCGGGUCACCCCCUUUUAUGCCGUCAAGUGCAAUGAUAGCAGGACCAUAGUGAAGACCCUUGCUGCCGUCGGGGCAGGAUUUGACUGUGCCAGCAAGACUGAAAUACAGUUGGUGCAGAGUCUUGGGGUGCCUCCUGAGAGAAUUAUCUACGCAAAUCCUUGUAAACAAGUGUCUCAGAUAAAGUAUGCAGCCAACAACGGCGUCCAGAUGAUGACCUUUGACAGUGAGGUCGAGCUGAUGAAAGUCGCCAGGGCACAUCCGAAGGCAAAGUUGGUUUUGCGGAUUGCCACUGAUGAUUCCAAAGCUAUCUGUCGCCUCAGUGUAAAAUUUGGUGCCACACUGAAAACCAGCAGGCUGCUUCUGGAACGGGCAAAAGAGCUAAAUAUUGACGUCAUUGGUGUCAGCUUCCAUGUGGGGAGCGGCUGCACCGAUCCUGAGACCUUCGUGCAGGCCAUCUCCGACGCCCGCUGUGUCUUCGACAUGGGAGCUGAGGUUGGCUUCAACAUGUGUCUUCUUGACAUUGGGGGUGGCUUUCCUGGAUCCGAGGAUGUAAAGCUUAAAUUUGAAGAGAUAACCAGUGUCAUCAACCCAGCACUGGACAAGUACUUUCCGGCGGACUCCGGCGUGCGCGUCAUAGCUGAGCCAGGCAGAUACUAUGUUGCGUCCGCCUUCACGCUGGCUGUGAACAUUAUUGCCAAAAAGCUUGUGUUGAGGGAGCAGACAGGCUCUGACGAUGAAGAUGAGGCGAGUGAACAGACCUUUAUGUAUUACGUGAACGACGGCGUCUACGGGUCGUUUAACUGCAUCCUGUACGACCAUGCGCACGUGAAGCCCCUCCUGCAGAAGAGACCCAAGCCCGACGAGAAGCUCUACUCCUCCAGCAUAUGGGGCCCGACCUGUGACGGCCUCGACCGCAUCGUCGAGCGCUGUGACCUGCCCGAGAUGCAUGUGGGGGACUGGAUGCUCUUCGAAAACAUGGGGGCGUACACCGUGGCUGCGGCCUCCACCUUCAACGGCUUCCAGAGGCCCACUAUCUACUACGUGAUGUCGGGGCCGACGUGGCAGCUGAUGCAGCAGACCCAGAGCCGCGGCCUCCCGCCGGAAGCGGAGCAGCAGGACGCGAGCGGCGCGCUGCCGGUGUCGUGCGCGCGGGAGAGCAGGAUGACGCGGCACCCGGCCGCCCGCGCCUCGGCCAGCGUGAACGUGUAGAUGCGCCCGUCGCUGUCACUGCCAGUUAGUCGGGGGCUCGGGGCCGCUUCACUCACGACUGCUAGUUUCGAAAUGUCCUUGUAAGUAGGGUUUUGGCACAGAUGCGACGAGGCGGGGUCACACUUAUCUGUGUUCCUAUGGAAACUCUUUGAAUAUUUGUUUUAUAUGGAUUUUUAUUCACUUCAAACAUGCUACUAAAGAAAGCCCCUCAGCUGCUGAGCAAGCGUUUGUAGCUUGCACAUUGGCAGGAUGGGCCGAACGCCUAGUGUUGUGACCUGUUUUAAAAAUAAAAUAUC